UGGGGGGCAGAGAGAGCCGGCAGAGACAAACAAGGGAGGUAUAGUUGGCCAGGGCCAGGGCAGGCCCAGAGACGAGAGGCGGGGACAGGUGCAGAGGCGGCGCCCGGAUCCCGGCAGGAAGCAAGCUCAGUGGAACCUGCCGAGAGCAAGACCAGCUCCAGGGAGAGCCGUGAGGGCACAGAAGCACCCAAGGCGCCAGCCAGAGAUGCCUUCAACCCCAGAGCAGCCCUCUGGGCACAUGGAGGGGCUCCCUGAGCCGGAGCUGGUUACAUGGCCCCCACCGCCCUGUGGGCUCUGCAUCCCCAUCAUGCUGGGCCUGGCCUCCCUGGCCGCCCUCUUCCUCCUAACCACAGCUGUGUUGGCCGAGCGCCUCUUCCGCCGCUCUCUACAACCAGAUCCCAGCUACCGUGCACCCACCCUGGUCUGGCGCCCUGGAGGAGAGCUGUGGAUCGAGCCCAGGGGCACUCCCCGAGAACGCUCAGAAGACUGGUAUGGCUCUGCGGUCCCCUUGCUGAUGGACGGGGCCCCAGAUCCUCCCACCCCUGGGGGUACCUUGGAGGCCCGAGCCACAGCCCCACCUGCCCCGACAGCUCCACUCUCCCCUCCCAGAUCCUUGGCCCUCCAGAGCCCACCCAGGGCCCCAGUUCGCAGCACCUUCUGGGGGCCCCAGGCUUUGGAGGAGAGGCCCUACACCCGGGGCCUGGUGAGCUGGGCUGAGCCUGAACUGAGGCCAGAGGCCAGUAUGCACUUGGGAAGCCCCCAGCCCCGGAGGCAGCGGCUAGGGAGCCCUGAUCCUGAGUGGGGUCUCCAGCCACGGGUCACCCUGGAGGAAAUCUCAGCUUUCUGGAGGCGGGAAGGUCGAGCCAGUGUGGGGUUCUGAUUCUCCAGGGCCUGGAGGACUGGCCUCUCCGAGACACCUGAGGAAGGCCCUACCUCAGAGGGUCUCUCUGAGGCCUUAAGACCUGAGGCUCCACCCCAAGAGCCCAAGUUCAUACUUGAGCCCUCAGGGAAGAAUGCCCCUCCCAAGGCCUUUUACAUCUGGAUUUCAAUCCCCUGGAUCUGGGGCUGGGCAGGCACUGUAUGGACAGAGUCUGUACGGCAGGGGAAGCCCAGAAGUGUCUGUCUGGCUGUCCAGGGCCGCGGCACAGAGAAUCAGGGGUGGGGCCGUCUAUGGGCCAGAAGCCGCCAAAAUCACGUUCUAGAUUAAGAAGGAUCUCAAGAUAACAAACAGGCAGGAAAUAGCAUCAUCCCAGAAGCUUCCACCUUCCUUCAUUGUGCACCUAAGACGCUGACAUCGGAGUGCAGGGGUCCUGUGGAUGCCGAAGAACAGACUGAGUGUGGAUGAUGAGGGUCAGUCCUGCCAGCAGGAGAGAACAGGAAGCCAGCCUCCCAGAGCCACAGAUCAGGCCUCCAGGAAAACACAGACAAAGGUCAAGAGCAGGCAAAGGAGCACCAUAUUACGUCCAAACUGUAACUUUGACCCCAUCUUGCAACAGGGAGCCUGGUCAGCCAAAUCGGAGAGGCCCCUCCUUGCCUCCAGCUGGGGCCUCGAGUCAGCGGAGAUCAGCGGGCAGCGGUCCCCUUAAGGCUGACACAUGGCAGCCCUCAGACUCUGACCCUCCAGGGCGAGGGAGGCUGGCCGACGCGAUCGGAGUUUGAUCCAGUGUGGAAAGGAACACUGUCACAGGGCAGAGCAGUUCCCAGUAUUAGGCCUCUGGCCAUCCUCCCUCCCAGCUUGCUGGAUCAGUCCAGGCUGACGGAUUUGCCCCACGACAGGCUUAUUUAUAAUGCUCCAUCCCAUAGAAAUGGAGCUCAGAUUUGUCCUUGAUUCUAUAGCCAUCUGUAUCAGCUGGCCUCCCCUCAGGAGGAGAGCCAGGAGCUGCAUUCCCGGGGGGUCCGAUUUCCCAAACAUUCAGUCAUGCAUGUUAGGAUUUUUGCCUUAUCACUUUACCACCUGUAUUAUUAUUUACUUUAUAUUUUUCUGUAAGAUAAUU